GUGGUUUGAAAACCUGCCUCCUUGUAGAGUACAUUACGAGUGAAAUUAAUAUUCAUGGAUGUAUGCUCCCUGUUCUGGUUCAACAUCUUUUAAGAUUCCAUUAUUCUCCGGAAAUUUCUCGUUUAAACACAGGACAUCAGACCUACCAAAUAUCACCGCUGCUUUCGGCAUGAGGAUUUGGCAAUUUGGAAGAGCCAGGAAGUACUGACAAAUUGAAAGGUAUUUUAUUGCCUGUUUGGACUUGGGAUUCUUCAUCGAGUCAAAACCAGUAGAACGUGACUAAUUUUGGAACCAAACGGCGAGCCAGAUGCAUUGGACAAGUGUGACCAAGUUCUUCCAUAACUAGUGUGAGCAAGUUCUUCCACGAGGACUACUUAAUGGCUUUCCAUGGUGGCUCUUCUUCUUCCUCUUUCCCUACUUCUUCUUCUUUAAGUCCUCAGUGGACCUACGAUGUAUUCUUAAGUUUUAGAGGUGAAGACACCCGCAAUAAUUUUACUGCCCAUCUGCACAAUGCUUUACAUCGAAAGGGUGUGAUCACCUACAUUGAUGAUAAGCUUAGAAGAGGAGAGGAAAUUUCACAAGCACUUCUUAGAGCCAUUGAAGAGUCAAGAAUUUCAAUAACUGUCCUCUCCAAAAACUAUGCAUCAUCUACUUGGUGCCUGGAUGAGUUAACGAAGAUUCUCGAGUGUAGGAAAACAAAACAGCAAAUGGUUUUACCAGUAUUCUAUAACGUUGAUCCAUCGGAAGUACGACAUCAGACAAAGAGCUUUGGAGAAGCUUUGGCGAAACUUGAAGAAAGGUUGAAAGAUAGUGCGAGAGUGCAGAGGUGGAAGGCAUGCCUAAAAGAAGUGGCCAAUUUGUCAGGGUGGCAUUUAGGAGAGAACGGGAGUGAAUCCAAAUUUAUUCAAGAAAUUACUCAAGCAGUCACAAGAAUAGUAAAUCGCACAUACUUGAAUGUUGCCAAGCAUCCGAUUGGAGUAGAAUCUCGUGUACAUGCCAUUAAUAUGCUUCUAAGUGUCGGGAUGAAUGACAUACGCAUGAUAGGAGUCUUUGGAGUUGGUGGAAUUGGCAAGACAACAAUUACCAAAGCAAUCUAUAACUUGAAUGCUUAUCAAUUUGAAGAUAGUUGUUUUCUUGCAAAUGUAAGAGAAACUUCAAAGCGGGAGUUCGGUCUUGUCCAAUUACAAGAGAAGCUUCUUUAUGACAUCUUAGGAGAAUCAAGUUUGAAAGUUGACAAUGUUGAUAGAGGAAUCAACAUCAUAAAAGAGAGGCUUUGCAGUAAAAGGAUUCUUUUAGUUCUUGAUGAUGUAGAUCAAUUGGCCCAGUUAGAAGCAUUAUCUGGAGAAAGUGGUUGGGUUGGUUUGGGAAGUAGAAUCAUCAUAACAACAAGAGAUAAACAUUUACUUACCAAACAUCAAGUUGGUUUAACAUACAAGGUGAAGGAAAUGGAUCACAAUGAAGCUCUUCAACUCUUCAGUUGGCAUGCCUUCAAAAAAGACAAGCCCAUCGAUGGGUUUGUACAACUCUCGGAGCAUGCAUUGCGUUGUGCUAGAGGCCUUCCACUGGCUUUAGUAGUGCUUGGCUCAGAUAUAUAUGGUAGAAGUUUGCAUGAAUGGAAAAGUGCAUUAGAUAAAUGCAAAAGGCUUCCUAACAAAAAUAUACACAAAAUACUUAGAAUCAGUUAUGAUGAUCUGGAUGACAAUGAGAAGGAUAUCUUUCUUGACAUUGCAUGUUUUUUCAAAGGUAAGGAUGCAGAUUAUGUCAUUAAAAUAUUAGACAGUUGUGGGUUUUUCCCGGAUAUUGGGAUCAGAGUCCUUACGGAUAAGUCUCUUAUAGCUAUUGAAGAGAAUAACAGAUUGGUGAUGCAUGACUUGAUACAAGAAAUGGGUAGAGAAAUUGUUCGUCAAGAAUCACCCAAAGAACCCGGCAGACGUAGUAGGUUAUGGUUUCAUGGAGAUGUUCGCUAUGUACUAGAAGAAAAUGAGGGAACAAACAAAAUUGAAGGCAUAUUGGUGGAGUUGCCUAAACGAGACUUGAUACACUUGAGUUCCAAAGCCUUCACGAAGAUGAAAAGGCUCCUGCUCUUUAUAAAUCGUAAUGCAUGUUUUUCUGGAGGGCCUAAUUAUCUCUCUAACGAGUUAAGAUUGCUUGAUUGGCCUGAAUAUCCCUUACAAGCUUUGCCGUCCAAUUUUCAUGGAAAGAAACUCUCUGUUUUUAGGAUCAGUCAUAGCCUUUUCAAAGAAUUGAAGGAGGUAUUCGAGAAUUUCCAAAACAUGAAGAUCAUGGAACUAUCUGACUGUAAGUUCCUAACAAAAAUCCCUGAUAUUUCAAGGAUCCCAAGUCUUGAGAAACUAACUCUUUCUAGUUGUGAAAGUCUAGUUGAGGUUCAUGAUUCUGUUGGGUACCUGAAUAAGCUUACCCAUUUGUCAUUUUCCAAGUGCUCUAACCUAAUCACUUUACCAAGAAGCCUCAAGUUGAGAUCUCUAGAAUGGCUUGACAUUAUAGAGUGCUUAAGCCUUCAGAACUUUCCUGAAAUUGAGUGUGAAAUGGAUUGUUUGAGUUCCAUUUCAUUAGCCUACACUGCUAUAAAAGAAUUGCCUUCAUCCAUUGGAUACAUCACUGGCCUUGAAGAUUUAUGUCUAGAUGGGUGCAAAAAUCUUUUGAAUCUACCAAGUUCCAUUCUUCAAUUGCAAAAUCUAUGGUCUCUUUCUUUCAAGGAUCGUUACCCAGGGAAGGUAAGGAAUAAAAGACAAUCCAUACCCUCUUUUGUGUCCACAGAGGGAUCAGAAAUUUUAUCAGGUGUAGAAUUAAUCUCUUUGCAAACUCCAAAGAAUUCAAGCGUUUCUAAUGAUGAUUGUUCCUCAACAGUGUUUCCGUCAUUGCAAUUUUUGAAUCUUGGAAAGUGUGUCCUAUCAGAAUCGAAUUUGUUUAAGCUAUUUGACUGCUCUUCCACAUUACAAGUUUUAGAUUUCUCGGGAACUGAUAUUGUGAGCCUUCCUGCAAGCAUAAAAAGAUUUAUUGGAUUGGAGCGCCUUAUAUUGCAAGAUUGCAAGCAACUUCAAGAAAUUGUAGAACUUCCACCAAAUAUCAAGGAGGUUGAUGCUAGUGGGUGCAUGUCAUUGGAAAAUUUUCCUGAAGCAUCAAAGAAAUUUCAAUUCAAUGCAUGCAACUUAAAAGCACUAGAAUGGAUUGACUUGGGUGGAUGCCAUAAAAUGCUUGUGAACAUAGGGAAUCAUGUGGCAGAUCCUUUAUUGGGUAAGGGUCAAUUUAAGGACCUUUUAGGCGGCAUUAUAUUUCCAGGAAAUAGGAUCCCAGACUGGUUCAGCCAUCAUAAAGAGACUGCAAAUACUAAUUCGUGUGAAGUGGAUAUUAAUGGACUUCGGUACAUGGAUGAGGUCGUGGGAAUUGCUCUAUGUGCUAUUAUUGGACCCAAUCUUUUGAUUGGUCAGGAAAAGCCACUUCAUCUUAUUGGUGUUAAGAUCAAUGAUAAUGAAGUCCAAGAAAGAUGGGUUGAUUUAAUGGGAUCAGAUCAUGUAUGGCUAGAGUACGUCAUUUUUGAAUCUUUUAAGCCAAAGGAGGACAAUAUGCAAGUAAAGUUCUAUAGUUAUUUACAUGAACCGGUGUUCUUCAAAAGUUGUGGAGUCCAUCUAGUACACAAGCAUGAAGAGAAUGUGAAAGAUCAUGAUCCAGCUCUACUCCAUGAGAAUGUUGAUGUGCAUUUGGAUGUACCAAAUGAAGAGAUUGAAAACUCUGAGUUGGAUUCAGUCGAUGGUAUUCAACUUUCUAAGAGGCGUCGGCAGGAUGACGAUGGUGGCAUCAGGGAGUCCAUUCUGCACCCUCAACACAAGAGGGGUCCUUUAACCUCGGGCGUGCAAAUUGCAGAUUUGUGAAAACCAUCGAGCAUUUCUCAACUAAGGAGCCCCCUAUAGACUUCCUUCAAGCUAAUAUAUUUUUCUUCUUCUUUUCUUUUUUUAACAGGGUUCUCAUAACUUAACAGUUAUGGAAAUCUAUAAUUGUAAAUUCCUAACAAAAGUCCCAGAUCUUUCAAGGAGUCCAAAUUUAAAGGAACUGACUCUUCAUGGUUGUGAAAAUUUAGUGGAGGUUCCUUGAUAAGCUUAA